AUCAGUACGGACGUGAGAGUGUGUUAGCUCGUGUAGUGUAUUUAAUUAUUCGUUAAAACGCGAUUUAUAAUUGUGUUUUCAGUGUCUCAUUAGAAAAAUAAAAACAAAGUAUUAUAAACUAUGGCCGAUCAGGAGAACAAGGACUUCAGCGAAGAUAUAGCCGAUCAAAACUUCGAGCAGAACGGCGAAGCAGAGAACGGCGGCGGGGACGCCGCAGAAAAUGGCCAAGAAUCGCAAGAGGACAGGUCAACUGGAGGUAACCAGGAUUCUUUAAAUGAUAGGAAAUUGUUUGUGGGUGGAUUAAGUUGGGAAACUACAGAUAAGGAAUUGAGGGAUCAUUUUGGCACAUAUGGAGAUAUUGAAAGUAUCAAUGUCAAAACAGAUCCUAAUACUGGACGGUCACGAGGAUUCGCUUUUAUUGUUUUUGCGAAAGCAGAGUCGCUAGACAAGAUUAUGGCAGCUGGUGACCAUAUAAUUAAUAAUAAGAAGGUUGAUCCUAAAAAAGCAAAAGCCAGGCAUGGUAAAAUCUUUGUAGGUGGUCUUUCAACAGAAUUGUCAGAUGAAGAUAUCAAGAAUUUCUUCUCUCAGUUUGGAACAAUUGUUGAAGUAGAAAUGCCAUUUGACAAGACAAAGAACCAGAGGAAAGGGUUCUGCUUCAUUACUUUUGAAUCGGAACAAGUAGUAAAUGAAUUAUUAAAAACUCCGAAACAGACAAUCAAUGGUAAAGAGGUUGAUGUAAAGAAAGCAACUCCUAAACCAGAUGGUAUGGGAGGAAUGCGUGGCGGUGCUGGCGGUCGCGGAGGUCGUGGCGGGAGGGGAGGCAGAGGACGAGGUUUUGGUGGUCAAGGUGGCUGGGGCCAGGGUGGAUAUGGAGGCGGUUAUGGCGGCGGUUACGGCCAAGGCGGUUAUGGCGGUGGCUAUGAUGGAUACGGAGGAGGCUACGAUUAUUACGGCGGUGGGUACGGCGGCUAUGGUGGUUACGACUACAGUGGAUACGACGGCUAUGGCUAUGGCGGUGGUAGUUACGAUGGUGGCUACAGUGGUGGGCGCGGUGGUGCACGCGGUAAAGGAGGCUCAGGCUACGGCGGAAAGCAGAGGGGAGGUGGUCGUCAGAACCAAAGGCACCAACCCUAUUAAUGGAAAUCAUUCAUUGCGACCGCAAUGCAAUUCGCAUUGUAACCGCUGGUUUCCUGACCUACAACAAAUCUCAUAACUCGUUAAAUCAUCAUUCCAUUAAACCACGCCACUUUCAGCAAGAUAUUCAA